GUUGUGACGAUUUGCAAAGCUGAAGAACGACGACGAACGAAGAUUGAAGAAGAGGCCAGCAGCAAAUGUCGGACCGCGAGAAUUCUUCCGAAGACCUCUCGCUGCCCAAAGCGACCGUACAGAAAAUCGUCUCUGAGAUCAUUCCAUCCGACCUCGUCUUUUCGCGCGACGCCCGCGACGCGCUGAUUGAGUGCUGCGUCGAGUUCAUCGGUUUGAUUUCGACGCAGGCGAACGACAUCGCCGAGAACGAGACAAAGAAAACAAUCGCGUCCGAGCACGUAAUCAAGGCGCUGCAGGAGCUGGGGUUUUCGGAUUACAUUGAGCCUAUUCGGGAGGUUAUUCUUGAGCAUAAGGAGUCGCAGAAGGGACGAGAGCGCAAGAUCGGCAAGUUCGAGGCAUCCGGCAUGACAGAAGAAGAGCUGCUGAGAAAACAGGAAGAGCUGUUUGGACUUGCGCGGUCGAAGCUGCAGCACGACGAGGCUUUGUAGGAUUAUCUCAUAGAUCUACCUGAUGUGUUGACUAGUGGAUGUGUUGUUUUGUUAUGUUUUGUUUUGUUUAUCGAUCUUUACUCUUUUGUCUUUGUCAUCCGCUGUUCCUCUUUUUCUCUUUCUGCUUUGCUUUCUAUAGAACGGACGACUCGGCGUUAAUGGUCAAUUGUAAUUAUUCCUCACAUUUGUAUAAACAUCUUCUUCUGCUUCUGCUUCUUCCGCAGACUUGACUCGACUUGAUUGACUUGUCGCUUAUGUAACCAUUAU